AUGUACGAACGAGGCUUUUUCUUUCGUCUUUCUCUUCUCGAGGUGUUCUUUCUAGGAGACACGGGAACCGGGGGGUGUGGAGCGGGGCUUUUUUCUUCUUCUUUUCUCUCUUUUUCUUGAUUCUCUCUCGAGAAGGAGGAUGCCGAUGCAAAGGUCAUGGUAUCUAUGCAGUUUUAUUAUCUCUUAUCACGAGGCGCUUUCACACAACUCGUUCGAGCUUUCACAUUCGGGCUUUUGAUCUUCACCUAUGCUCUCGCUCUUCGAUCUCGUGGUCUCUGUUUCACUGUGCUGUCCUUUUUCAACCAGCAUUUUCUUUUCAGAGGUGAUUUAUAUAAUAUGAUAUCACGGUUAUUCCGGCAAAAUCGAAUUCCACCGGACCUUUUAAAGUCCUCGUGCUUUCCGGAAGGAAAGGGAUGCAGGCGAUGUGACUUGAUCAGGCAGAGGAGACCCACAAGCAACCGGGCUAUAUUGAGCCUAGGCUGCGUGUGUAACGUGGCGAUGCCGACGGUGGAAAUCAUGCGCCGAAAGCAAGCUCUGGGCCGUUAAAUUCUGAGCGUUUGGCCGGAUAUCAAGCCUCAUCACUUGCCUCAAAGAGGAAUGGGGGCUUUAUUUCUUCCGUAGAUCCAUACCAAUCAAGCAUUGGUGCCAAUUCC